GGCGCGCACGGCCGGGAUGGAGAGCGAUCGCGGGGCGUCCGCGGCGCGCUCCUCGGACCUCUCCGCGGGGGGCGCGGGCGGGGACGACCCCGGAGGCAGAGUCCUGCUCCCGGGCUGCGGCAGCGUGUCCUCCCCGCUGCUGCCCACCGACGUGCUGAGCCUGGAUGAGGAGGAGGACGACCUGGAGGUGUUCAGCAAGGAUGCCUCAUUGAUGGAUAUGAACUCCUUCAGCCCAGUGAUGCCAACAUCUCCUUUGUCAAUGAUAAAUCAGAUCAAGUUUGAAGAUGAGCCAGAUUUAAAGGACCUCUUUAUUACAGUUGAUGAACCUGAAAGCCACGUUACUACAAUCGAGACUUUCAUUACUUAUAGGAUUAUUACCAAGACAUCUCGAGGGGAAUUUGACUCCAGUGAAUUUGAAGUUAGGAGACGCUAUCAAGAUUUCCUCUGGCUAAAGGGAAAACUUGAGGAAUCACACCCCACCCUGAUUAUUCCACCAUUACCAGAGAAGUUUAUAGUAAAAGGAAUGGUAGAGCGCUUUAAUGAUGACUUCAUUGAGACCCGCAGGAAGGCAUUACAUAAAUUUUUGAACAGGAUUGCUGAUCAUCCAACUUUAACAUUUAAUGAAGACUUCAAGGUUUUUCUUACUGCAGAAGCCUGGGAUCUCUCCUCUCACAAAAAGCAAAGGCCUGGGUUGCUGAGCAGGAUGGGGCAGACAGUCAGAGCUGUGGCAUCUUCCAUGAGAGGAGUGAAGAACCGGCCAGAGGAGUUCAUGGAAAUGAAUAACUUCAUUGAAAUAUUUAGCCAGAAAAUUAAUUUAAUAGACAAAAUAUCUCAGAGAAUUUACAAGGAAGAAAGGGAAUAUUUUGAUGAAAUGAAAGAAUAUGGCCCAAUUCAUAUUCUGUGGUCUGAAUCAGAAGAAGAUCUGGUUGAUAUUCUAAAGGGCAUCGCAGGUUGUAUUGACAAAUGCCGCAAGGCAACUGAAAGACAGAUGUCUGGCCUCUCAGAGGCGUUACUUCCUGUUGUGCAUGAGUAUGUGCUCUACAGUGAAAUGUUAAUGGGUGUGAUGAAAAGAAGAGACCAAAUACAAGCAGAACUGGACUCCAAGGUUGAAGCUUUGACUUAUAAAAAGGGAGAUGCUCAUCUGCUCAUAGACGAGAUUGGAAGACUUGAAGAUAAAGUAGAAUGUGCAAAUAAUGCCUUGAAAGCCGACUGGGAAAGAUGGAAGCAAAACAUGCAGAAUGAUAUCAAGUCUGCAUUCACUGACAUGGCUGAGGAGAACAUUCACUACUACGAACAGUGCCUUGCUACCUGGGAGUCAUUCCUGACAUCACAGACUGAGCUCCACCUGGAAGAAGACUCAGAAGAGAAAUUGUGAUCCCACUGAGGACUUCUGCUUGACCUUUGGGAAGACAGCAUCUAUCAACCAAAGUUAUUCUUUCUCAGUUGGCUGGGCCCUUCUCUUUAUAAUAAAGUCAAUGGAAAAUGUC